CUUAUGGCCUCGCACCCUUCCCUUCCCCGUCCCAAGGAGCUCUGAUCCAACCCCGUGGUUGCAGCAGGGCUGUGCUGUGCAGCUCAUAGAAUGGAAGUGAAUUGAGCACAUGAGGAUGCUGAUGAUUUUUGUCUCUCUUCUUUUCUAUUUUCCCCAAAGCAGGGCCUAUCUAAUAGUAACACUCGCCGGUUCAGUGGUCUUCUGGGGUCAAAACUAAGAGAUGCUGGCUAACAGAGCUAAUGUUAUUGCAGAAAAUACAGUACUGAGACUAACUUAAAUAUUAAUAUUUAAAGUACUUUCUUUAAUUUGUCCCUCCUUUUAUUUUUUGCUCUCAUUGCCCCCUCAUGACUGUUGUGUUUGGCAAGAUCCUGCAAGACUUCUGAUCCCCCUCCACUACUGAGGUCCAUCAGUCCUGUUGUGCUGUAUUCAUUCGUUCCUGGUGGUAGCUUGUCCUAAAACGUGUGUAGGAGAGCAUCUUAUGGUAAUUGUUGUGUAGUGCAUGAAUCUUUGUGAAAUUCAGAGAAAAACCCAAAUUCAGUGAAUGCCAAAAAAAUGCAAGUAUCCAGCCAUUGUUUGAAAUUGCAGUGGUGCUAUUUCUCUUGUGGCCUUUUAGACUUUCGUUGCCCUAAAAACUCCAUUUGACUGAGAAACCAUAUUUGACUUGGAUUUUUCUUGACAGGGUUUUUCUAUUUUAAGCAGUUUCUAAAUAAAGUUCUGUAUUUCAAGAGUGCCACGUCUGCUGGAGUGUCUCGUGCUUUCAGAUGUCAUCAGGCAGCCCCGAGAGCCCGCCGUGCUUCUCAGGGUGGAGCGUUGAGGACCUGCAGUGUCGGCUCCUGGGAGGGCAGCUCCCGUCCCAGCUGUGUCCCUGUGGCUAGCAGGAAUGCUGCAGCUUCCCUUGGAGUGUGCUGGGGGAGGCGUUGCUACAGUUCACCCCCACCGCUGAGAUGCUGUCCUCCUUCAGCAUUCUGUGGGUGCUUUGUUAAAGGAUGGGCAUUGCUGGUGCUGGGCCUGGGGUUGGACUGCAGGAGUGCAGGCGUAGAACGCGGGGGUUUUGAUGCACAUAAAAUCUUCUUUACCAUUACUCGUUUACUUGGAGCUCAGAAGCUUUCUGCUGCCAACUUGAAAUGCUGCAUGAUUCCAGCAAAGCCAACGUGGCAAUGGUACGUGGUUGGGUCGGAGGUGACUUUUGGGUGCCUGCUUCCUUGCAGCCCGGUGACGUGCUGGGAUGUGAGGCUGCCUGAGCUCUCUGUGAUGAGGAUGAGGUGUGUGUGGGUCUGUGGGGCACUCGGGUCCACCCGUGGGCUGUGUGGGGUUGGUUCUGAGCUCUGCUAUUAAAAGCCAGCCAACGUCCUUUGCUGGGAGUCAGAAAGCUGUGCUUUGUGGGGCCGAACGCCUGGUCCUAUCCCAUGUGCAUUGGGACUAAACUGAAACUGCAGUCUUCUAAGUCGAUUGCUGCUAAGAUUUCCACUUCCUUCCAUCCCUUCUGUGCCCCCAAGGUGGGGGCAGCCUCGUGGUCAGCCUAAACGACCCCAUCGUAGAUAAUAACGUCGGUACAAUCUGUUGCCGGCGUCCUUUUGGGGAAGCAAAUGGCAAUAAGCCCAACUCAAACCCAUAGACCUGACGUAGCCACUCUGCAGUGCGCGCUGUUAAUCCGUUACACAGCUCCCCUAUGGAGCAAUCCGGCCUUCCUUAACGUCUCUGUCAUGUCAGAUGUUUGGAACGCAGACGGGAUGGAAGAAGCAGAAGCCCACGCCUCCGUUCUGUCUGACUUGCAGGUGGGCUCGUGGCUGUUUUCUAACUUGGGUUGUUCCAUUUUUUUCCAGAAUUCCUGGUUUGCAAUGACAAUUCUUGCUGUAACUGUUGAAAGCCUUCGAAUAAAGGCCGAGAACUGUUCUGCAGAGCUGCUUGAGAUGUCAGACUGACCUGGUGACCAUCUGAAUUUGUGUAGCAGCACGAGGAACGUGGGGGGUAAUGGUGUGGGCUUACAGCACUGCUGGGAUAAGUCCAAUGUGCAGAGCUUUGAACCAGGGGUAAAGGCUGCUGGGUAAAGCUGAGGUUGGGCCAGAAGUCUUAGUGCCUGGGUGUUGGGUCGGGUGUAUCUCAUGAUGAGAGGUGGGCAAGUAUAAAAUGUGUACGUGGCCUGAGGUCUGGGAGGAUGGGUGUACUUACAUCCUUGUUAAGACAGCCUCUGCCUUCCAAUCGCAGCAUUGUAGGGGUUGGGAGGGACCUGCAGAGAUCAGAGAGUCCAACCCCGUGCAAAUGUUUUUCUUUCCCCUAUAAUAGAGGAAAAGGAACAAAGUUCAACUUCAGCCUCGGUGUUUUCUGAGAUCAGAGUUGAAGGCAGUUUGAGCUUUGGUGGCACGAGGGCUGAUUUCUCUAAGAUCCCUCUGAGCACAGCCGGCUGGCUUGGUUAGCUUUGAUUAGCAAAGGGCAUCCACAGCACAGCUUCGGUGCUUCAAAGUUGCAUAGGGGUUCUGAGUGCAAAAUCAUUGCAUGUAUGCGUGUUGCUUCCCAGCUUGCACGUGUGGGCAGCCCAUAGCAGAGCAUUGCAGGGUAUGCCCUCUGCAGCGCUCGUCUUUGCGGGUUUGGGUACAAAUAGCUGUGUGUGGCAGGGGAUCAAAGUUACAGAUAAUAUCAGUGAUGCAGACUUCGAUGUGUCACGAAGGCUGCUGCUGAUGGCAGUGUUUUAUAGCCCAGGUGAGGUCAGUGUCCUCUGGUGAAAGAUGAGGGCAGCCUCCCGGAUGGCAUUGGCUUAAUAAAGCGGUUCCUAACUUUGGAAAGGUCUCCCUUAUGAGAUGUGCUGCUAAAUGACUCCUUUCAGUGGGUUCUCUUUCGGGAUUUCGGUUGGUGCAGCUCUUCUCCUUCAUGGCUCUGUGGUUAUGCAGAUGGAACGGCCUGAUUAGGAAGACUGAAGGACGGAGACUGGGAACGGAGUUCCUGGACAUCAGUGGGACCUUCUGCCUGCCCGGAGGGGACAGAGGUGCUGCAGCCUUGGAUUAUGGGAUGCAGGUGGAUGACCAAUGUACAGCGUGGACCUGGGACCUACUGGGGGAAGUCCUGGAGGAAAAGCACUGCUCACAGAUCCAGACGCUCCUGGGGAACUGGUGCCACCAGAUAAAGCUCAUUCCUGAGCUCAAGCUUGUUGCCUCCUGCUCAGCAACUGAUAAGGGAGCUGCGGUGCUUGCUUGGCCAUGAAAUAACGCAGGGAAACUCCAGUAAGACAGGUCUCAGCCUCUGUUCUGUAAAGUAUCUGUUGCACAAUUGCGCCGGGCGAUGCUGCUGGCACCUUAAUGUUGCCUCCCCUCCAGGUAAAACCGACCCGUACCAAACUUUUGGGCUGUGGGAAACGGGAGCUGGGGAGAAAAUGUGGAAGGGGCUCAGUUGUUGUUUGCAGUGCCCUGUGAAUAAAGGAAGCUUUUGAAAGCUCCUGCAGGGAGAGAAUGAAUGGGUGCAGGAUCAGCUCCUGUUACGCUGUGGGGGCAUCCCCUGGCUGGGGGGGAUCGCUGAGGCAGGCUGAGGUUUGGGGGGGCUCAGAGCUGAGCCUGGGGAGGGGAGCAGAGCUGAGUGCUGUGCUCAGCCCUGGGAUGCUCGAGGGCUCCUGGGUGCCUGCACGAGCCCGGCAUCCUCGUUGGUUUUCACGCCCCUCCGUUGCUCAGUUUGCCUUUCAGUCCUAUUUCUCUGCCUUUUCUUGUUAAGUUUUGCACAGCCUUCAUCCCCACCCUUUGAAUUUGUCUUUUCCUUUUCUUCCCAUCACUCCCGUUCCCCUUUACGCUCCGUGGCUGUGUCUCUGUGCGCCUCUCCUUCCCGUCUCAUUCAUUUUGUCCCCUCUCUCCCCCUCCCCAGGUUCCACGUGCUUGCAUUUCCCUUUCCUUUCUCCGCAGUGCUCCAAAAGUAAUGCCUCCUAUUUUAUGAUGCUGCCCCACGGUGUCGGAGUCAGAUGUUGGUGGGAUGUGGCAGUAGAGGUGGUACCUUCCGUGUAUCUGAAUACUCCAUUCCCUGCUGUGUGUGAUGUGAUGGAUGGCAGCAGAGGGGCAGUCUGUCAGGAUGGCAUCUGACGUGGAAGUGAGGAUGGGGCAAAGGUGUGAUACUGAAUACCUCCACGCAGGAAAAGAUGGCACCCGCUGACAUUCCCUGACACCUGGUGAGUGCUGAUGGGGCACAGCGAGGCGGUAGGUGCCGCGCUGCAGAGUGGAGUAGUAUGCAGGCUCUCCACCGCUGGCAAAAAGGCGCAGCUCACGGUGGUGGCCGUUAAAGAACGGUGUUAUGUAGCUGAGAAUCCGCCCUAUCGUUGCGCUCGUUGUGGUUUCCGUGGGAACGAGCAGGAGGCAUUACUUUCGGAGCGAGCGGCCCAAGGCGCGGUCCCUCCUGGGGCCGGAAGGGCCGCGCGGUGCCGUAGCGGACGGAACGACCACCAGGGGGCGCUGUUGGGCCGCGAUUCGCGCUGACGGUGCCGUCCGUGCGCGGGGCUCAGAGCGCCGCCUCCGCGCGUUUCGUUCUGCCGAUCGCGCUUCGCCCUCUGAGCGGCUUUUGCCGCUUCUGUCCCGCUCCCCAAAUACUCCCACGUGCAGGCAGCCUUGGUUCGUUCCUCCCUUUGCCUCCUUUUCCUCUCUUCUUUCAUUUUCCCCGAUUUCCUAUAAGUUUUGCCUCGGACCCCUCUGUUCGUACCCCGGCGCUCUCCUCCUCCUCCUCACUGCCCCAUCUGCCCUCCGCGGCCGCUGCUGAGCGUCUGCGCUGUGCUGCAGAGGACCAGCAGUCGUCUCCAUGCAUGGCCGUCCGCCUCUGCUCGUAGCCCAUCAGUGACGGCUUUUAGAGAGAGGCACCCUCUGCUUUAAUGGCCCCCCGGAGAUGGAUGCUAUAGGCAAACCCGCUGCUGGUAGCAAUGUGCUGAUGGGUGCUUCUGUGUGCGGUGGUUGUUACAGUGCAGCAACUCCUGCACGUGCAUCACCUCCCGGGGGAAGGGGUGUUGGUGGGAGGUGGGCGAUCCUCGCCGGGAGGUGGGCACUGAUGGAGUAUUUCAAUAUCUGCUGAGCUUUCAUGACACCCUCAUUACUGAUACGGCUCUGCAGGUGCCCUUGAUGUGUUGUUUCUCCUUUAGCGUCGUCGCAGAGCCUCCAAUUCCGGUUUAGGGAUUUCCUGACCCGGUUAUCGUGCUGCUGUACGUCCGAUUGCUAUCACACGCUCUGCUUCCGCUGUGAGCCAGCAGUGAGUUUGCUCUUGUUUGCAUAGCUGUGUAAGGAAGAGCUUCGGAGUUUCUUGUUGGAAAGUACUGGUGUGACCCCACUGCAAUGGGGUCAGUGCUGGCUGUGCCCUGGGCAGAGCAUCCAUAGGGAUGCAGCAGAACCCUCAGCACCAGCGGACGGAACCCUGCAAGGUGCAUCUUCCAGUGUCCUGCCAGCUGUGCCUCUGAGAAGUGACAUCCCUGCAGGAGCUCAAGCAGGGAAAUGAAGCUUCAGAAUGUCCCAUCUCCUCCUUGCGCCGUGGUUUGGCCGAAAGAAGUGAGGAUUGGAUCCUGAGCCUGAGCAGCACUGCUGUGCGUUCCGGGCAGCGCUGCCGAUGGCUGCGGUCACAUUAACGGUGCUCCCUCCGAUAGCCUCUGCUUAACAACAGCUUCUGCUGGGAAAGAAACAAGUGUUUGCAGCACGAGCUGAGCCCGCGGAGAGGUGCUCUCAAACUGCCGGAGCUGACCUUGGUGUGAUGCGUGAGGGCUGCAAAGUGCCACCAUUCAAUGAAGGAAUCAAUCCGACCCCACUGUGAGUUGGUUUAGGAGCGCUCUCCUGCCCGUGACUGCGAAAUAAUUCUCUGCAUAGCAUUCCCAGCCCGUUCCUGUUUGGUGAUGGCUCCGACUGGGGCUGUGAUUUACCCCCAGAGGGGUGUCUGCACAAAGCAUGGCGUUAAUUCUGCACGCUGUGCUGAGGAUGUGUCCAGAGAUGCUGUGUCCUGUCUUCAUUAAGAGCUGAGCGAGAUGGAAGGCUGAAAUCUUUCCUUACAGAAGACGUAUGUGUGUAAUAUAAGGCUGCUGCUAAUUCUUCCUGGGGAUUGGCAGAGAACACCAAGGACAAAUUCACUCAAUAUUGCGUUUUCUUCUGCUGGAAGGAGUGCAGGAAAAAAAAAACAAAAACAACCCAACAAAUUGGAAGAAUGAAGAGUGAGGAGGAAUUGAGGUGUCCACAGAGUUCACAGCGUGGGUGAUUGGAAGUGAUGGGGGAGAGAAAGGCAGUGAGUGCUGCUUGCGUAGCACACAGCACCGGGUCUGACUGCAGGGCUGGGGGCUGUGUGUGCCCAUACCGUACUGCCUGUGCCCAUGUACAGCACCUGGUAACAAGCAUUUGUGCUGUGUGCCCUGCUGUGCACCCAGAAGCCAUCACUGCUGUGCACCCAGAAGCCAGCACUGCCGUCCCUUGAGCUCAUCUUCACCCUCAGUGCUAUCUGCACAUCCUUCCCGACGUCGUUUCUACCUCUCGAGUUCCAUAUGUAGGAAACUGCACAGAUGCGCUACGAAUCCAUCUGAAGGUCAGCCUCAACAAAGCCGAUGCUCAUCAGCUUUCUCCAAGUUGCUUUUUUAAUUUGGUGAAGAAAAUCAUUUCCCAACGCUGCAUUUGAAACACCAAUGAGCACUGCUAAUCCCACAGCUCCUCAGGGUGGGGAGAUCCGAUCCCCUCCCACCCACCGGCCCCCGGUGUGCCCCGUGUGCUGCACUCAUUCUGACAGCUCCCCCAAAAGAUGGUUUCCUUCGAGCAUGGGGUCACCGCUGUGGGCACCUUUUUAAGGCAGAGGGGGAAAAAGCAGUGCCCAGCAGCCUGGCAGCUGGGUGUUGCUGGCGGAGAUGCAGGGGGUGCCCACUGCUGGGAUGCGACGGCGGCGAGGAAAAGGACGAUGAAGCCGCUGAAGCUUUUUGGAAUGGUCGUCUUCUGUGGGCUGCUCUCACCCACCCAGGGGGUCCUUUCCGGCCUGUCCUGUGCCAUCAGUCCCAGGGCCAUGCAACAAGUGCUGUCCGAUGCCAUCAUUCAGACCGGGCUCCUCGAGAAGCACCUGCAGGGCAUGGCGCUGCCAAACAUCAUGAGUGAUCGGGGUCUGCUGAGCUCCCCCACCAUCAUCACGGGGCUGCACCUGGAGCGCUCCUGGCUGCCCACGCUGUCGAUAGCACUGCUGCCGGGGAUUGGGAUGCAGUUGGUCGUCACCGUGCACCUGGAUCUCAGUGGCAACUGCUUGAUGGGCAUUCUGUCCGAGGUGAUCGCUAUCUCCCUGGAUGUGACCAUUACCUCCAACAUCAAAAGCACAAGUUUCGAGUUGGGUACAGUCCACGUCACUGUUGAUGACUGCUUCUGCAUUCUUGGUGCUGUAAAGAUCAAGCUGAUCUCUGGCUUACUGUCCCUGUCAGUGCAUGACAUGGUGUUCAGCCACCUGACGGCAACUCUGCCUGGUUUGCUGUGUCCAGUGAUGGAUGCUGUCUCGGAGAUAGUGAACGUCCAGCUCCUGAGCACUCUGAAUGUGGUGAUGCCAGUCGGCUUGAAGGGGAUGGUUCACUACCACCUGGUCGGCCCACCAUUCACCUCCGGUUCGUCCCUGAUGAUGGAUUUAGAUGGCACGGUGCAGCAGAUGGGAGGCAGCAUCAUCCCCCACGACUCGUAUGCCUCCACGUUGCCCCCGCUGCUGGACGGGCUGCUGAUCAUCAUUUUGCGCCAGAGCUUCCUCAGCUCCCUGCUGGCUCUGCUGCUCCAUAUCCAGCCAUACACCUUCCCCUGCUCGUCGGAAGCUUUCUCUGGGGCCAACCAGCUGAGAGAUUCCAUCACAGACCUUUAUCCCACUGGGUGCACCAGCUGCCCCGCAGCCAGCCCUCUAAGCAUCCGUGUGGAGUGUGUGGGGAACCCCAUCCUCCUCUUGGAACCCAACAAAGCCACCGUUGAGCUGUCAGUCCUGCUCCAGGUGUUCGUUAAGCGCCCGGAUGGGUCCGUCAUCAUCCUGCUGCUCCUGAAGGCAGACCUCAGUCUGAACGUCCGCCUGUCGAUCUCCAGGGGCAGUCUGAUGCUGGCCUUCUCUCUGAGCAGGGUUUCCCUCUUCUUGGAGUCAUCUGACAUUGGCAUCAGUGAGAUCUCCAACCUGAAGCCACACCUCACUAAGCUGCUGGUGGAGAUCUACCUGCCACGUCUCAAUGCUGUUGCAGGCGAUGGGAUACCCCUGCCAGAUGUGUUCGGAAUAACUCUGAUGGGAGCGGAACUCCAGAUCUUGUUGGGACUGUUGGUGAUCUCCGUGUGAGCCGUGCAGGGUGCAGGCAGCUCUGGGCACGGCCCUGGAAAGAAAGAGAGAGGAGAUCCGGUCAGGAUGGAGCGUUGGGACCAACAUUAUCUUCUUUCCUUUCCUAAACGUACUGCAAGGUUCCUGGUAAUAUUUAAUGCACUUUAAAUUAAACUGGCUUACACGGUACUGAGAUGCUCGCAUAAGCCAACACCAGCUAGGCAGCUGUGUGUAGAAAUAUUUAUUUAGAGAAAUGAGGGUGAAUUAGAGGUCACGGCUGUAGAAGCAGCAUGGGAUGCUGCAGCUAAAUGGUUAAAUUCCUUCAGAAUUUGGUAACGUUUUUGUCAGGGUAAUGAAAAAGUGAACUUCUUGCACGUGGCUCUGUGUGGAUGUCUCGAAGUACAAAGCUCUGAGCAGGAGCUCG